AUGCUGAGAGCCAGCGUCCUCCAGGAAAUAUACCUAUCACUCCCGGGAACGAGCCAGAUCGUUCCUGGCCUCUCUUACUUUGGUCCUGGAGACACAUAUAUCACGUUCACAGGAACCUCUAGUCCUCUGGGAGCUGAAGCCAACCCUGCAUUCCGAUUGCCUAUUUAUGCCAAUGGCCCCCCAGUCGAACCGAGCCCCUCAGGCGCGGCGCUCUCCUUCGCAGUCCAUAAUCCAGAAGGCCUCGAGACCAUCCUUCUAAUCCAUGGCGGAUUUAGCAAUCGCACGGACUGGGAUCUCGUUGUGCCACUCCUAACAGCGAAAAACUACCACCUGCUUGUCCCUGACCUACCCGGCCAUGGCGACUCGCUGGCAAUCCAGCCAUUCAACGUGGACCUCGCAGCAGAGCUGUUGCUGCCAUUGAUCAAAACACAAGCACACAACGGCAAGGCGCAUAUCGUCGGCAUGAGUCUGGGUGCACAUGUAGCAGCGAGUCUCGCAGCGCUCGGCGGGCCAGAGCAUAUCUCUUCAGCCUUUGGGUCAGGAUUCAAUACGUUUUUGCCACGGAGGGCCGUAGCGGCAUUCUUUCCACCGCUCAUAUAUACUCUGCAGCGGACAACUGGAAUGAUAUCUGCGCCAGUGACGGAGUGGACCCGUCUCAGGAAGGGGGAGGGCACACUGGCUCUAUGUGAGGAGGUUGUGCACACAUUGACUGAUGGGCGGACGUUGAAGGAUAUCCAUGUACGUUCACUGGUCGUUGCGGCCACGAGAGAGACAUGGCUUCCCAAGGAUAAGAUCGAGAGUGCGCGGCAGCUGUUUCGCGCGGUGGUGGGUGGACGCGAGAAUGGGAGUCGUGUGGUGCAGUGUCGUCGGAUUUGGCAUGCGUGGUGUGCUCAAGAGCCACAGUGGUUUGCAAAUGCAGUAGAUGACUGGGUCAAUGGGCGAGAGUUGGCAGAGAUGUUUGAGGAUAUCGAAAUGGAGGAAACAGUAGCAACAACGGCCGACUAA